UUGAUGGGCCUGAGCAGCUUCAUAUGGUCGUUCAAAUUCAUGCACGAAAAUCCGAAUCGCGCGAAUGAAGCAUACGGCUGGCACUUCCAGUAUCUGACUGUUGUUGGUCUGGCUCUGUCCACUUUGACCUUUACUGCUGGUCUUUUGGCGGAUUUGACCCUGUCGCCUCGGCUAUUUUUAGCCAAGAACGUCUUAUCUAUUUGCAGUGCUCCUAUGGAAGUUCUCAUCAGCGUUCUUUACUGGGGUCUUCGAUUGAUCGAUGAGCGCUUGGUGGUCCCUGCAUGGGCAGUGAUUCCUUUGGACGCUGACAUCGGCUUCCACGCAGUUCCCUCAAUCGUCUUGUUGAUCGACUUACUCCUUCUCUCCCCGCCCUGGACAAUCAGCGUCUUACCAGCUCUAGGCUUGUCCAGCACUAUUGCUUUUGGAUACUGGAUCUGGAUUGAGAGGUGCUUUAAAUACAACGGAUGGUAUCCGUAUCCUAUCUUUGACCAGCUACCUUUCGAGGGCCGCGUUGGGCUUUUCGUGCUAAGUGCUGUGGUCAUGGCUCUCAGCACCGGCACUCUCAAGUGGUUACACGGACGCGUCAAUGGCUACGGCACCUCGGAAAAGACACAGUCUCGCCCUGGUGCUAUCGAGAAGAAUGGCAGUAUUUAAAAGGCCACUAUCUUGCUUUGUGACCGCCAAGAUCCAACAAAGGGUCACUAGCAAGGAUCCGCCUAACGAACAUAUGAGAACAAUAUUUAUAUAUGACUGAACUAUAUAUGCGAAUGAGCGAUAGAUAUAUAUAACUUAUAUAGCGUCAAGUACUUGCAUCUUGGGGGCUUCCCCGGGCUGAUCAAUUUAAUUGGGUAUCGUUUCACAAAUCUGUUUAGCAUAGAGGAUUGCUGUCUUUGUGGUUGAGACUAUACGCCCU